AUGAAAUUAUUAUUAUUGUUGGUUGUAAUUACGACAUCAACUGACUUUGUUAAAUUACAAGAGAAUAAUGCAAUCGAAAAUUUGUAUAUUGACAUAUUAGUGCAGCGUUAUUUGCUCCUGGAAAGUGAUUUAUGGAAUUUUAUUUACAAUAGCGGUAUUAAAACCAAAGACAUUAUCUUUAAAAUACGUUCGGAGCACCGUGAUUUUCUCUCUAGUAAUGCAUUAAGUGACGUGAUGAACGAUGACUACAAAUCGAAAUUCGAAAGAUUCCUAACAUUCAAAGAAUUCGAUAAUUAUGCUCAGGAAGACGCGGCACUGAUUUCCUUACUUGAACAGUCACAUGGCUUCAAUAGCGGCUUCGAUGAAACGAGUGAGACAAUCAUCAGAAAUUAUAACCGCAUUGUGUCAGGAGACUUAUUUAAGACCAUAAAAGAGGAAGCGGAAAAUCGAAAUUGUUCUAACAUUGCGACGAGAGCCAUAGAGUCCGCUAGUCAAGAUUUAUUUAUGUUCUACGAAAUAAUAGCAGCAUCGAUGCUAAUUUCAUAUGCAACCACACAACGUAUCAAUAUGGUGCAGGUGGUAAAGCGGGGAUUCGAGAAACAUGACUACACAAUUUUGAAGAACGAUUUCAACACAAGAUAUGGUAAAAUUGCAGCAUUGGCUAGAGAGAAUAUUCAUACAUCGAGUAAAGUGGUUUGGAUGUGCGAUUCACUUACUUAUACUGAAGACGAUGAGUCCAUUCAAAUAACAAAUUUUCUAACCGGAUACAUUGACAAUGAAAUUAAUUUGAACAAAGACGGUUCAUGUUGGAACUCAUGUGCCGAUUACAAAUGGACAAGAAAUUUUGGCUGUUCAGAUGGAACAUUUUGUGAUCGACAACGUCGCAUUGGACAUGUGUCCGCUUGUAAUGGUACAAUUGUAGAUUGUAGUUACAUUGAGUCAAGCAUGUCAAUUUGUCAAUCGGCCGAUAAAGGCUCGAAUCGGCGCUAUGAUAAUAUAAAAUUCGAGUCUGGUUUACGUUUCGGACAACAUCCUUGUACGGCUAAACCAUCAGAAGUUUCGUCAUGGUGGAACAUUUGCUUAACACAUUGUUCUUACUGCUUUUGCUACUGUGAUUCAUAUGCUGAUUCUGACAGAUAUUUCAGUUUGCAGCCUGCAGUUUCAACUAUUCGGAAAAACAAGAUAAUAACUGGCGUCGGCAUCACCAAACGUAAUGGUAUCUUUUCGUGGACAAUUAUUCAGUCGAAACUGUUGAGCAAUGGUCGAGUUCAACAAAGAACUUACAACAAUACAUACGACAGCGAAUUUAGUCGACGCUAUCAGGGUUUCACCGAAAAGAUAACUGACGAUGAACGAGAAUUUAUAGUUCAGGAUUUCAGACGAUCCGAUUUUGGAAUAUUCGAAGGUGUAGAUUACUUUACGCUGUCCUGGCAAAACAGAUCAGUUAAUUUGGACACGAUAACUGUGCCUCCUGGAUGUGUCGUUACAGGAGUACGAUUUACCGUGGUCAAGGAGCAUUUGAACUUCGAAAUUCGUUACACACAAUUCAAUUUCAACACAGGACGACUGUAUGGACGCAGCGAGUGGAUUUCAAGUAAAAACGAAAAGAGAUCGGUACUAUUGUUGCAUCGACCGGCACCAUCUCGUCCCAUUAACCAGUUUGAAACGAAGCGUUCUGUGCCAAACUUAACUCCGAAUAAAUUUAUCAAAUUCCGACCGAGUGACCCCGAAAAGGAUGCAGGUCAAACAACGGUACCAUUUAUCGAUAAUCAAAUUGUUCGGCCAAAAGAAUUGACGCUAUUAUCGGGUGUUGGUAUUUAUUACAAAGGAUUGUCCGGAUAUGGAGGAUUUAUUGCCCCGAAAAUAUUAGUUUAUGAUAUGUCGUCGUAUCUGGGCAACUAGCGAAAGCAUCAAGAGACUAGAAGUUUUUGUUUAAAAUAAAGUGCUGUUGUUCGGCCAAUGAUUGUCCUAUGUAUUAUUGACAUUAAUUUAACGAUCGUAUGGUUUCACCAAUAAAUUAGCUACACUGCUCUACUAUUGGAAGGCGGAUCAAUAUUAUAUUUUCAAUUGGCCUCCGAAGCGACUGAAAACGUUGUAGAUUAUCGGUCCAUUGAACGACCACUUCAAUAAAACUUUAUUUUGUUGAACAGAAGCAAAAGUUUUUUUUUUAAAGAAUUUCUGAAGAAAAA